AAAAUGUUGAAGUCUUGACGAUUUGUGGACGGGGUUGUCGCCUUUAUAGUCUUGCUGGAACAAUCAUGUCAGCAGUUUUGGCUCACGACCGGACUUGUAUUCGCGUUGAUUUUACAGACUGUCAAAUUUCUAACUGUCAUCACACAUUCUGCUGUACAUUGGUGACGUACAGGAGGUGACGAUAUUUAUGCCCACCAAGAAACCAGUCAGGAAUGGUUACAAGGAGUACAGGUUCUCAAAAUGAGAGGGGUGAAACUGAAGUUCAACAAACCCAGCAGACCCAAUCAGCUCCAUACUCUGAGGACUUUCACUUCAUCACCAGCACCUUCCAGCACCUGAACACCUCAGGAUGGUACUGGGGUGGUUUGACAGCUGGUGAGGCGAGGGAUGCCCUAAUCGGAGCACCAGAAGGUACUUUCCUUGUGCGGGACAGCAGUCACCCGCUCUUCCUCUUCACCCUCUCUGUACAGACCUGGAGAGGGCCUACUAACAUCCGCAUAGAGUAUGACAGCGGCCGAUUCCGUCUGGAUUCCAGUUGUCCAGCACGAUCCUGCCUGCUGUCCUUUUCUGCUCUUCCUAGUCUUGUGCAGCACUAUUCAUCCGCACGUCCGGAAGAUGAGAAAACAGCAGAGGACCACCAUCACAUAGUGGCAAAGGACAGUGGGAUCCUGCUGAAGCUCAAAAAGCCUCUCCACAGGCCUCAAGCCUUUCCCACAUUACAGCACCUCACCCGACUCACUAUAAACAGACACACUGACUGCCAUACAAAACUGCCUCUGCCACGACCACUGCUGCUUUACUUGCAGGAGUAUCCCUUUCAGGUGUGAAGAUACUCACUCAGAGGACAUUUUGAGCAAUUUGAGGGUUAUUCUUUUAUUUUUUGAAAGAUUCAGUUACCAUGAGGUUGCAAAAAUUGCUGCAGGAUUAUUAUUAUAGUCUUAUUAUUGCCAUAAGAUGAGUUGUAGUCCUGAUUGCAUUUGCUCAAAUAAACAAGGACUAGAACUUGUGCAGAUUUAAAAGAUGCUUUACUUUUAUUGUAAAGCAGAGGGUUUCUUUAUGUGCUUUGUGGAGCUUUGCAUAUACAAUACUAUAACACUGAAGAAAGAACAAAAUAAAAACAAAAGCAGUACAUUAACAUAAUCAUUUUCCACCAACUUUUAUUUGUUUAUUAAGAAAAGUGUAAUUCCCCCAGAAAGCAAUUUGGAAACAGCAAACAGUUAUUAUAAUCGAUUAUAGUAUAAAAAAACGUUUGACAUUUAUUAAAUAGUUCUGUUCAUAAUACUGAUGUAGAAUUGUGCAUGUGUCUGUGGGGCUUGUGAUCAGUUGAUUUUACCUGACAUACUUCUGAGAGGACAAUAAAAUAGUACCAGGAAAGCCUCCACACAGCAAAUGCACCAAUCAACCCUUUGAUGCACAUGUGUCUAAAGUGACCUGACUGAUCUCUGACUUUCUAUAUCUUUGAAAUAAAUGAAUUUCUUCGCUUGGUAUUUCAGGAAUUUAUCAAUUAACUUGUUUUUCACAUAUCCUUAUUUAUUUAUAUGUUUUGUUGGUAUAUUAGGGAGUAUUUCUAUGAGGGAAUGUUUAAUACUGAGAUAAACUGAUUUCAGUCAAGAAAAUCCCAGUCAAGCAUGAAAUUACAUAAGAAAUGUCUGUGGGUCAUUUUAGACUCAUGUUGUGCAUUGGAAGUGGUUUUACAGAGCGUGUGCAUCAAAGGGUUAAAUGUGGUAGAAAUAGAAAAUAAUCUUUGAAUGUCUUUUUUUUCAGUUUUACGUUUUCAGAAAUCCUGGAUUUUUUUAUGCAACUGAAAGUUACACUUCUGCUAUCAGAACUUCAUACAUAACUUCAACAGAAAAAUAUGUUAGUUGUACAAGGUACAUAUACUGUACUGCUGCCCAGAAGGAUUAUGGGUCAUAUAAAAGAUGUAUUCCUGAUAAACAAGGACUACUUUAUGUAGAUUUUUAACAGAUAUUUGUAACAAAACAAACAAAAAAUACUUUUUUUCAGUUUUCCAUUUUCAGCCAUUCAGGAUAUGUUUACUAUUAAAAUGAAAUGUUUUUAA